UUGGUGGCGCCGCAGAGAAGUCGCUCUUUGAUUGGGCCGCUGUCAGGUGUCGCUGCCGGCAGGUUCGGCUGUGCGAGCGCGGGGAGGCGGGAAUUGACAUUAGCCUCCCAUGAGGAACCGCCUUUCGCAUUUGCUACUGGAGUUAAUGGUGUUUCAUGCUGGCAGAAUCAGGGACAUGCCAACACUAGCGGGAUGAGUGGGUGCUCCGGCGGCGAUGUGGUCAUUGCCGGCCAGUGAGGGCGAGAGUGCCACAGCCCACUUCUUCCUUGGAGCUGGAGAUGAGGGGCUGGGUACCCGUGGAAUAGGCAUGAGGACAGACGAGAGUGACAGCGAGCUCCUUGAGGAUGAAGAGGAUGAAGUGCCUCCUGAACCUCAGAUCAUUGUUGGCAUCUGUGCCAUGACCAAGAAAUCCAAGUCCAAGCCAAUGACCCAAAUCCUAGAACGACUCUGCAGAUUUGACUACCUGACUGUUAUUAUCCUGGGAGAAGAUGUGAUCCUCAAUGAACCUGUGGAAAACUGGCCAUCCUGCCACUGCCUCAUUUCUUUCCACUCCAAAGGCUUUCCUCUGGACAAAGCUGUUGCUUACUCCAAGCUUCGAAACCCCUUUCUUAUCAAUGACCUGGCUAUGCAGUAUUACAUCCAAGAUAGGAGGGAGGUGUACCGGAUCCUGCAGGAGGAAGGUAUUGAUCUGCCUCGAUAUGCUGUGCUCAACCGUGACCCUGCCCGGCCUGAGGAGUGCAGCCUGAUAGAAGGUGAAGACCACGUAGAGGUAAACGGAGCUGUCUUUCCCAAGCCCUUUGUGGAGAAGCCAGUGAGUGCAGAGGACCACAACGUUUACAUCUACUACCCCAGCUCAGCUGGAGGAGGAAGCCAGCGCCUCUUCCGUAAGAUUGGCAGCCGAAGCAGCGUUUACUCUCCUGAGAGCAGCGUCCGAAAGACAGGGUCAUACAUCUAUGAGGAGUUUAUGCCAACAGAUGGCACAGAUGUCAAGGUGUAUACAGUGGGGCCAGAUUAUGCCCAUGCUGAAGCCAGAAAAUCUCCAGCUUUGGAUGGGAAGGUCGAACGAGACAGUGAAGGGAAAGAAAUUCGAUAUCCAGUCAUGCUGACCGCCAUGGAAAAGUUGGUGGCCAGGAAAGUCUGCGUAGCUUUUAAGCAAACAGUUUGUGGUUUUGACCUUCUUCGUGCCAAUGGUCACUCCUUUGUGUGUGACGUCAAUGGCUUCAGUUUUGUCAAGAAUUCGAUGAAAUACUAUGAUGACUGUGCCAAGAUUCUGGGGAACACCAUAAUGCGGGAACUUGCCCCACAGUUCCAGAUCCCAUGGUCCAUCCCCACAGAGGCUGAGGACAUUCCCAUUGUCCCUACCACAUCUGGCACUAUGAUGGAACUUCGUUGUGUCAUUGCAAUUAUCCGUCAUGGGGAUCGUACCCCCAAGCAGAAGAUGAAGAUGGAAGUGACACACCCAAGGUUUUUUAGUCUAUUUGAAAAACAUGGUGGCUACAAGACAGGGAAAUUAAAACUAAAGCGACCCGAGCAGCUACAGGAGGUGCUGGACAUCACACGGUUGCUAUUGGCUGAACUGGAGAAAGAACCGGGUGGUGAGAUCGAGGAGAAGACUGGGAAACUAGAGCAGCUGAAGUCUGUGCUGGAGAUGUAUGGUCACUUCUCAGGCAUCAACCGGAAGGUGCAGUUGACUUACUACCCACAUGGAGUAAAAGCCUCUAAUGAGGGGCACGAUCCACAGCCAGAGGCUCUCGGACCAUCCCUUUUGCUGGUACUGAAGUGGGGUGGAGAACUGACUCCUGCUGGUCGUGUUCAGGCUGAGGAGCUGGGGCGAGCUUUUCGCUGCAUGUACCCUGGAGGACAGGGUGACUAUGCUGGCUUCCCCGGAUGUGGGCUGCUUCGUCUCCAUAGCACUUUCCGCCACGAUCUCAAGAUCUAUGCCUCUGAUGAGGGCCGUGUCCAGAUGACAGCUGCUGCCUUUGCUAAGGGCCUUCUGGCUCUAGAAGGGGAGCUGACGCCCAUUUUGGUACAAAUGGUGAAGAGUGCCAACAUGAAUGGGCUCCUGGACAGUGAUGGUGAUUCCUUGAGCAGCUGCCAGCACCGGGUAAAAGCUCGACUGCACCAUAUUUUGCAGCGGGAUGCACCCUUUGCCCCUGAGGAUUAUGAUCAGCUGGCUCCCACUGGAAGCACUUCCCUACUCAACUCCAUGGCUGUCAUCCAAAAUCCUGUGAAGGUCUGUGAUCAGGUAUUCGCCCUGAUUGAAAACCUCACUCACCAGAUCCAGGAACGGAUGCAGGACCCUAAGUCUGUAGACCUGCAACUCUACCACAGUGAGACUCUAGAGCUAAUGCUACAGCGUUGGAGCAAGCUAGAGCGUGACUUCCGACAGAAGAGUGGGCGCUAUGAUAUCAGUAAGAUCCCUGACAUCUAUGACUGUGUCAAGUAUGAUGUGCAGCACAAUGCGAGUCUGGGACUUCAAGGCACAGCAGAGUUGCUACGUCUCUCUAAGGCACUGGCUGAUGUGGUCAUUCCCCAGGAGUACGGGAUCAGUCGGGAGGAGAAGCUGGAGAUUGCCGUGGGCUUCUGUCUUCCACUGUUGCGGAAGAUACUACUUGACCUGCAGAGAACCCACGAGGAUGAGUCUGUCAACAAGCUGCAUCCCCUGUACUCCCGAGGAGUGCUUUCCCCAGGCCGCCAUGUUCGAACACGUCUCUAUUUCACCAGCGAAAGCCAUGUCCACUCCCUACUCAGUGUCUUCCGUUAUGGGGGACUUCUUGAUGAGACUCAGGAUGCACAAUGGCAGCGAGCUUUGGCUUAUCUCAGUGCCAUCUCAGAGCUCAACUACAUGACCCAGAUUGUCAUCAUGCUGUAUGAGGACAACACACGGGAUCCCUUAUCAGAGGAGCGAUUCCAUGUGGAACUGCACUUCAGCCCUGGAGUGAAAGGUGUUGAGGAAGAAGGCAGUGCCCCAACUGGCUAUGGAUUCCGUCCAGCCUCUUCUGAGAAUGAGGAGAUGAAGACAGACCAAGGCAGCAUGGAGAACCUGUGCCCGGGGAAGGCAUCAGAUGAGCCAGACCGGGCACUGCAGGCUUCACCUCAGCCCCCCGAGGGCCCUGGCCUCCCAAGGAGAUCACCCCUCAUUCGGAACCGCAAAGCUGGCUCCAUGGAGGUCAUGAACAUGCAGUGCACGGGGAUCCUGGACCUGAUUCCCUUGCGGGGACGGCGCCGUCGGAGGUCAGGAGACCUCCCCCGGCCUUCCCCAGCCAUCGGCCUACAGCCCCGGGCUGUGUCCACCACUCACCUGGCAUCCUGCACACAGGUGCUUUCUGAGACUUCAUCCUCUAGGCCUGGUGGCUACCGGCUCUUUUCAUCUUCACGGCCACCAACGGAGAUGAAACAGAGUGGCCUAGGCUCACAGUGCACAGGGCUGUUCAGCACCACAGUGCUGGGUGGCUCCUCCAGCGCCCCGAAUCUUCAGGACUACGCCCGCAGCCAUGGCAAAAAGCUACCACCUGCCAGUCUGAAGCAUCGAGAUGAGUUCUUGUUUGUCCCGGCCGUAAAACGAUUUUCUGUGUCAUUUGCAAAGCAUCCGACUAACGAGCUGCUGGAUGACCAGCACCCUGUGGUCCGGUUGCUGCGCAGUUUUUCCUCUGACUGCCCAGGGGGCCGGCCAGUCUCCUUGGAUGCCACGCUGGCGCAUCACCUGCACCAGUGCUCCUACCACCUGCGCCUCUUCCGGAACUGGCUGCGCUCAGGCCAGGAUGACCCCGAGUGCCUCUACGGAUUUGAAGGAUGCUCCAUGGUGCCUACCAUCUACCCCCUGGAAACACUGCAUAAUGCCCUUUCCCUGCGUCAAGUGAGUGAAUUCUUGAGUAAUGUCUGCCAGCGCCACACUGAUGCUCAAGCACAGGUAUCUGCAGCCCUCUUUGACUCUAUGCACAGCAACCAGGCCUCAGAUAUCCCGUUUUCCCCACCCCGCACUCUUCAUUCACCUACUUUACAACUCCGGCAGCGCUCUGAGAAGCCCCCUUGGUACAGCAGUGGCCCUUCCAGCACUGUGUCCAGUGCUGGGCCUUCCUCCCCUACUGCAGUGGAAGGUAACUGUCAUUUUGGCUUCAGUGAUCAACCCUCAUUACGUUCACUUGUGAGUGAAGAACGUCAAGGCUUUGGGCUGCUCCAGGAGACCCCUGGGAAUGGAGCACAAGAGCUCCCCAUAGAAGAGGAGCAAGUGUCUUUUGAACCAAACCAGUCUCUACAGGAACCACCUGUGGAAACCAGCCAGCCAUGGCAGGAGGUUGCUGAGAAGGUCCACCAGACAUGCCAGCAGGUCCCUGUCAUUAGCCAGCCACGCCAGGACAUUCCUGAAGAGGCCAGCCGGCCAUGCCAGAAGGUCCCUGACAGCAGCCAGCCAUGCAAGGAGACCCAUGAUGAUGUUAACCAGACUCUCCAGGAGGUCCCUCAGAUCAGCCAGCCGCACCAGAAAGCCAGCCAUCUAUGUCAGAAAGUCUCUGAGGAAACUUGCCAGCUUUACCAGGAGAUCCCUGAGGAGCUCAGCCAACCAUGCCAGGAGUUCUCUGUGGAGGUUGGCAGACUGGCCCAAGAGGCUUCUGCAAUCAAUCUGUUGUCUCAGGACAUCCCUGAGGUUGAUACACCAUCCCAAGAGUUCCCUGAGGAGAGUGAUCUGCAGCUCCAGGAGGUCCCUGAGGAGGUUAAUCAGCAGUCCUGGGUGGUCCCUGAGGUCACUGACCAGCUGCCUCAAGAGGGCGUUCCCCAAACCCAGCAUCCAUCUAGUGAUCCAAACCCUCAGAGCCGGUCUCGAGCUCCCGACCAGAACUCACCCCUUCCACCAGCAACAUGUGAUUAAUCAUUUACUCGUUCAUGGUGUUACACUAUACCAGCCAUUUGAGCUAGCAACUUUUUCUGUUGGCUAACUCACCUGCCAGCAUAAGGCCUUGGAUCUCACCAGAGGUGUCUGAGGAAGCAGUCGUCUUAGCAUGAAGCAUACCUGUGUCAGAGCUGGGCUUGGUGAGGAGCCAAUUUCAGGUUCAAAGCAGCCAUUGACUCCUCACCAAGCCAUUAGACUUGAAUAGGAUUUUCUUCAAGGGGUGGGCUGGUCUAUCAUCACCCAGCCUCCCCUGAGCAUCCCAGGAAAUCCCAGAUUGUUCAAGGAAAUGCCUCUUAACUGCUGAAGACACCAUCCGGGGACAGUAAGUGCAAAAAAGUGCAAAAGGGGACUCCGAGGUCUCCACUCUUCUGAGGGAAUAUUCACAACUUCUCAAGGUACCCUUAGACCAUAUGUGCAUUCAGGGGGACUCUUGUCUUUGCUAGCACUCCUCAGGUGGGCCCAGGAUGGCUGUCUGAAAUCUCUGGGGGGGGAAAAAGAGUCCCCUUCCCAAACAAACAUCCGUCAUGGCCACUAAUCUUUAGACUGGGCUUAUGGGUAUUUUCAUAUCAUCCCCAAGUGCCCCCUCUGCCCCAGUCUGUUGCUCUGGGCAAUAGCUCUAUGGAAACAUAGGUAUUAGAUUGCUGUGAACAUUUCAGAGUAUUUACUUAAGAUGCUCUGGGGGUUCUUGGCUAGUCUGUGAAGCUGGGCCUCCUUUUGUUGUGGGGUUUUUUGGCUUAGGAGAUGCUGUAGUAGAGAAAAUCAGGUUGUAUUUUAAGCAAUCAGCACAGAUCAAUAUUGUACAGACAUGAGCAAAGAUAUAUAUAUAUAUACACACACACAUACACACACACAUAUAUAUAUUUCUGUAGUAGUGCCAGGGACAGACUGGCCAAAGACGAAACACUCCAGCGUCCCCAAGAGGUUUGUACUUAUAUCAUUGUGUCUUUAGGGCCAAGUGUGAUUGUGAAGCUUUUCCCAAAGAUCUGGGGAUGGGAAUGGGGGUGGGUAGGAGGGGGAAUGUGGUCAUUGGAGUGGGGGGCCGGAACAUUAUGAGUGCUCAAUAAAUAUGAAAUAAUGAGGAUGGUAGUGAUGGUGAUGUCCUUAUAAAUUCAAGAAUGAAUAUGAUUGGGCCAACCGAGUGGCUCAGUUGGUUAAGAGCGCAAGCUCUGAGCAACAGGGUUGCCGGUUCGAUUCCCACAUGGGA